AUGUCUUCUUCGCUCUACUACGAGGAAGCAAACAUGAUCCGUGACGACGAAUCUGGCUAUGCCUCUGGCGAGUCUAGCCAUGAGAGCCUGCCCGAGAUCGUGUUCUCCAAGGCUCAUCUCAAGUACCUUAACUACCAGUUGGCCCAGCUCGAGCCCCAAGAUAUCCUUCGCUGGUGCAUCACUUCCCUGCCCGGCCUCUACCAGUCCACUGCCUUUGGCUUGACUGGCUUAGUCACUGUGGAUAUGCUCUCCAAGCUUGAUGGCCCUCUCAAAUCCAACAUUGAUCUCAUCUUCUACGACACGCUCUACCAGUUCCAGGAGACUCUAGACCUUGUCGAGCGGGUCCGACAGCGAUAUGGCAACACCAUCCACGUCUACAAGCCCCGUGGAUGCAACACUACGGAAGACUUCGAAGCCAAGUAUGGCAAGAACUUCUGGGAAGUCAACGACGAGAAGUACGACUACGUUGCCAAGGUGGAACCGGCUGCCCGGGCCAAUGCUGAGCUCAACGUCAAAGCCCUCCUUACUGGACGACGGAAGAGCCAAGGUGGCAAGCGCGGUGACCUCGACAUCAUCGAAGUCACCGACAGCGGUGUCAUCAAGAUUAACCCUCUCGCCAACUGGUCUUUCGCCCAAGUGAAGGAGUACGUCGACGCAAACAAGGUCCCAUACAAUGAACUCUUGGACCAGGGUUACAAGAGCGUUGGUGACUGGCACUCAACCCAGCCUGUCGCCGCUGGCGAGGAUGAGCGUGCUGGCCGCUGGAAGGGAAAGAACAAGACCGAGUGCGGCAUCCACAACCCCCAAUCACGCUACGCCCAAUUUUUGGCGCAGCAGCAGCAACAGCAAGAAGCUGAGGAGUUGGUGCAGAAGCUGCAGGAGACUGUGGUUGCAUGA